GUUUCCUUUUGUUUGAAGGUGUUUGGACUUUGAACAAAAUGGCUUUGGCCACGACUGCUGAAGUCUGUGAUGCAAAUCCACAACUAAUUGUCAGUGGUGAACUUCGGGCUCUCCAACCAGUCUUCCAAAUAUAUGGGAGGCGACAAGUUUUCUCAGGACCUAUAGUCACCCUUAAGGUUUUUGAAGAUAAUGUUUUGAUCCGUGAAUUUCUUGAAGAAAAGGGUAAUGGCAGAGUGCUCCUUGUAGAUGGGGGUGGCAGCUUGAGGUGCGCUAUUUUGGGGGGCAAUCCCGUAGUGCAAGCUCAAAAUAAUGGAUGGGCUGGUAUAGUUGUUAAUGGCUGUAUAAGGGAUGUUGAUGAGAUAAAUGGUUGUGAUAUUGGGGUGAGAGCUCUUGCUUCCCAUCCAAUGAAAGCAAACAAGAAGGGAAUUGGAGAGAAACACGUCCCAGUGACCAUUGCCGGGACUAGAGUUUGUGAUGGAGAGUGGCUUUAUGCUGACACUGAUGGUAUUCUGAUUUCUCAAACAGAGCUAUCUGUCUGAGCUCUCUCCCAUCAACUUAAGCUGGAUAUGUGAGCCCUUCUGCCACCAGCUAGUUGUAUUGUAAUGUUUUUCGUUUGCUUGUGUUCCUGAUAUCAGAUUUUGAAGCUUGGACAAACCGUAGAAUGCAUUCUGGGUUUGUGAUGAUGAAGGUACGAUAAUUUAAUUAUCUAUUGGAUAUUUAUAGCUUUGUGCUAGUUGUGGUAUCAUUGUUGUUAUAUUACCCUAUUGUUGCUGGAUCAAAUGAAAGCAUUUUAAAUUU